GAAGAGGACGUCUGUGCGUGUCUGUGGGUCUAUAUAAAGCUGCUGCAAGAGGGUAUUUCGCCUACUCUUCCACGUUGGCCAGACAUUUUGGAAGAGGUGGGUAUUCUCGUACCCAAACUUUACCCCACUCCACGGGACCUGCCGAGUGCCGGAUCGACUGUGGCGCAUAAAUGUUGUUAAUGAUGGGUGGACAGAGGCGAGAUUGGACGUCAUAAAUGUGUCAAGUGUUUCGGUUGCCGCGCCGGAGGAUCGAAACGGCGAAUGUCUGGAUUGCAAGAUGAGUGUUCCUUCCCAUCACGCCACGGGAAGUCGUCGAUUUAAAUCGCGCACACGCGCACACGUGCAUAUGCAGUACACAUAUCCAGCGCGGUUUAAAUGUUGCAAUUAACUUUGAGGCCACUGCUUUGGGGAGGGAGAGCGAAGCUCCCAAGAGGGGGGGCAACCCAGCACGUGGGCGUUCCUCUCCUCCUCCUCCUCCGCUCGCUCUCUCUGGCGUUGGUGUUUGCCAAAGAGCGCCUUCACCACAGUUUUAACACUGACGUGCCGAGCUGGUGGUGGUGGGGGGGGGUUGUUACGAACUUCGCAGCCUAUUGGCCACGGCGCCUGGGAGCGUCCGAACGUAGCUUUUCUCCACGCUACGCUACAGCCUCCGAAACACAACGCCUCUCCCCCUCUGCGUGUCUCGGCGGGGACCCUCUCUAACUUUCCUUUUACGCCCCCUUCAUUUCGGAGUUGCUGUUGCUCGUGUUGCCAUCCGGUGGUUUUGUUGCUUAACCUCAACCCCUGCGUUAACCCGUCGGAUAAGUUUAAACCCAUCUUAAACUGGUGUGGGGUUGGCGAUUUAUGCUGGUGUGCAACCAUCGACGAAAUGCAGCCGAUCCUCUGGAGAAUGGGACUGCUGCACCUGGUGUGUGCAUUGGCGUCUGUCGGAAAGGUGCACUCGCAGAUAGACUGUGCUGGAACAACGAACAAGUUAAAUCUGCUGAGUAACAAAGAGAAGCAGUACGAGAUCCUGCGCGAAAUGUACACCAACUGUGAGAUCGUCAUGGGGAACCUGGAGAUCACCAACAUCCUCAAUGGGAGCGACCUCUCUUUCCUGCGGUCGAUCCGGGAGGUGUCUGGGUACGUGCUGAUCGCCCUCAACGAGGUGGACUACGUGCCCCUGGAGAACCUGCGUCUCAUCCGCGGCAACACGCUCUACGACAAUAAGUACGCGCUCAGCGUGCUGCUCAACUACAACAAGGAGCAGCCUGAGUCGCAGCAGGGUAUCCGACGGCUCCACCUGAUGGGCCUCUUGGAAAUCAUUAAAGGAGCUGUCUACUUCGAUUCCAAUGAGUACCUCUGCUUCGCUGAUACCAUAAACUGGGCUGACCUCGAGAACAAGCAGUCCCCUCAAAAUGUGACCAACAAGCUGGACUUCUUCAAAUCAACAUGCAAGCCCUGCCAUCCGUCCUGCAAUGGCCACUGCUGGGAUGAAGGUGCAAAUUACUGCCAGAAGUUCACGAGUCUGCAUUGCGCCAAGCAGUGCGACUCACGCUGCAACGGUCCCGACUCCAACAACUGUUGCCACCGGUACUGCGCCAGUGGCUGUACCGGCCCCUUGGAUACCGACUGCUUCGCGUGCAGGAACGUCAACGACAGCGGGGCAUGCAUAGAGCGCUGCCCCCCGCCUGAGGUCUACAACCAAAUCUCAUUAAAGCAGGAGCCUAACCCACACGGCAAGUACAGCUACGGGGCCACCUGCCUGGAGAAGUGCCCAAGUCAUUUUGUGGUGGACUCCAACUCAUGUGUUCGCUCGUGCUCCGCAAAUAAAAUGGAAGUAGAAAACAGCAGUGGGGUUAAGCACUGCACCGCCUGCGGUGACACCUGUCCCACAGUGUGUGACGGAAUAGGGUCCGGGAGCCUGAAGGAAAGUCAGACGAUCAACUCUGCCAAUAUCCACCUCUUUCAAAACUGCACAAAAAUUAGAGGAAACCUAGUCAUUCAGAAGCCGGGCAUCAACGGGGAUCCUUAUUUACGAAUAGAACGCAUGAAUCCAGAGCAUCUGAACUAUUUCAGAACCGUGCAGGAAAUAACAGGAUACUUCAACAUCGAGGGAUGGCCCGAAGAGUUACCGGAUCUUGGGGUCUUCGAAAACCUCAGGGUCGUGCAAGGCAGAGAAUUGAGAAGCUCUAAAGAGUAUUCUUUCUUAAUUUCUAACCUGAACAAUAUCACAUCUCUGAAUCUGAAAUCUCUGCAAGAGAUCAGCAAAGGCAACAUCUUAAUUCAGCAGAACAAAAAGCUGUGCUUCUACAACUCUGUGAAUUGGACCCGUCUGACUGGGUCAACAUCUACCCUGAUUAAAAUUGUGGACAACAACAAAAACUGUGACAAGCAGUGCGAUGUACUGUGCUCUACCGAUGGCUGCUGGGGCCCCGGGCCUUCGCAGUGCCUCGCCUGUAAGCACUUCCAGAGAAACCGCACGUGCGUGGAAGCCUGCAACCUCAUGCACGGGGAGGUGCGGGAGUUCACCGAUGGGAACAUGUGCAAGGCGUGCAAUCCGGAGUGCCUUCCUGUGAACAACAAUCUCACCUGCAACGGCCCGGGAUCAGAAAAUUGCUCCGCUUGUCGUAACUUCAAGGAGGGACCACUUUGCGUCUCGAAAUGCCCCAGCGGCAUCCAGGGAGAGAACAACACGGUCAUUUACAAGUACCCAAACGCGUUCAACAUCUGCAUGCCUUGCCACACCAGCUGCAUCCACAGCUGCACAGGACCAAACGCAGAAGACUGCAGUGGAAUGGCCAAACAUAGCAUGAAGCUUGUGGUGAUAUUAUCGGUCCUGAGCAUCAUGUUUGUCAUCGUCGUACUUGUACUGGGCAUCUUCAUCUUCAAGAGGCAGCAGACAAAACGCCGCAAGAAAACCCUCCGAAAGUACAUCGAAAACGAGCUGGUGCAGCCUUUAACUCCAAGCGGUGCCGUUCCGAACCAAUCAAAGCUACGGAUUAUCAAGGAGACACACCUGAAAAAGGGAAAAGUCUUGGGCUCAGGGGCCUUUGGAACAGUGUACAAGGGGGUAUGGAUACCCGAGGGAGAAUCGGUCAAGAUCUCCGUUGCCAUCAAAGUUUUGAGAGAAGCCACAUCUCCAAAGGCCAACAAGGAGAUUCUGGACGAGGCGUACCUGAUGGCGCGCGUGGAGCACCCAUACCUGGUGCAGCUGCUGGGCAUCUGCCUGACCUCCACGACGCAGCUCGUGACGCAGCUCAUGCCGCACGGCUGCCUCCUCGACUACGUGCGCGAGCACGUACACAAGCUCAACUCGCAGAUCCUGCUCAACUGGUGUGUCCAGAUCGCCAAGGGCAUGCUCUACCUGGAAGACCAGCGGCUGGUGCACCGCGACCUCGCUGCACGCAACAUCCUCGUCAAGGCCGUCAACCACGUCAAGAUCACCGACUUUGGGCUGGCGCGGCUGCUCGACGGUGACGAGCAGGAGUACCACGCCGAGGGGGGCAAGAUGCCCAUUAAGUGGAUGGCACUGGAAUCCAUACAGUACAGGAAAUUCACUCACCAGAGUGACGUGUGGAGUUUUGGAGUUACCGUAUGGGAGCUGAUGAUGUUUGGAGGAAAACCGUACGAUGGAAUUCCAGCCCGAGAAAUCCCAGAUCUUCUGGAGAAGGGGGAGAGGCUGCCUCAGCCUCCCAUCUGCACCAUUGAUGUGUACAUGGUCAUGGUCAAAUGUUGGAUGAUCGAUGCCGAGGCACGCCCAAGGUUCAGUGAGCUUAUUUCAGACUUCUCUAAGAUGGCCCGUGAUCCAAAGAGGUUCUUGGUCAUCCAGGGAGAUGGAGUGCAUGACCUGCCCAGCCCCUUUGUCAGCAAGUUCUACAAGGCCCUGCUGGAGGAGGAUGACUUCAAGGACCUUGUGGAUGGAGAAGAGUACCUCAAUACUAAGCCCUUUACACUGCAGCCUCCUCCUACAGGCCGGAGAAGGGGGGCAUCUGCAGUGACCAACGGAGACAGUUCGGCUGCUCCAACGUCACCAACAAACAGUCAAGUGCCCCUGCUCGCGGACAGACGCUCGUCGUCACGUGGCACCUCCGGCCGGGCUCACGGGCGGGCCGCCUCCUUCGAGGGCCCCGUGCGGGAUGGGGGCCACGGAGCCCGUGUCCCCGUGACCCCGCACCCCCGGCUCGGCCGCAGCGUGCGCCACGACGGGGUCGAGCAGGGGGCCAAGGGCAUGGACGGUGCCGCCGCCGCCGCGGCCGCCGCCGCCGCCACCGCCACCACCACCACCAAGUGCGGAAUUGUCCCCAGGGUUAACAGCCUGCGCUACCUAAAGUCGCCCGGCGCACAGCCCUCGACGGAAGAAGAGUCGGAUGUCCCGCCGGACCCCGUUUGGCUCCAAUCCGGUGACCCCUCAUUGAUGCUGGAGAACCCGGAAUACCUGGUCAGCCCGUCGGCCGUCGCGCACGGCCCCCGAGGCGAUCAGCAGAUCUACGUCAACGACUUUCCCAGCCCAAUGGAAAACCCAGAAUACAUGGAGCAGGACAAGACAUCGUCGGCAGGAGAACCCGACUGCCCGUUGAUAUGUGACGAGCGGCCAGCGCCCGGCUCCGGAGCGACGAGUGAGAGCAACCUGGAGUACUUGAACAUGCAGCCGGCCAAAAGCAGGCCCAGGCAGAAUGGCGGCGUGAUGCUCAGCACCGCAGAAAACGUGGAAUACUUGGGGGACUUUGCCGAGAGGCCUGCAGCGGUUACACUGCACAACUCUCUAUCAACUCACACCACUGUUUGACACUCAGGGACACUUGUGUGUGCAUCCGCAGUAGUAUCAAACUAUCAACAGCGGCACCAGUAUCAUUAGUAGUA